CCCGUUGCUUGAAGCAGCCGUGUAUAGAUUAUAGAAUACUCCGUGAUUUUGGUCCGGAGAGAAUCCGUCGCUUCUUAGUGGAGAAACAAGCAUUUGAAAGUGUUAAUAGGUAAACAUGUCUGCCGGCGAGGAAGCUGGUCUGUCGAUGGCGGAGAGAGGUGCGAGAAAGCGGAGAGUGGGGAAAAAGAAGGGCGGAAAGGCGAAGAAGUUAAAGGCAUUACCAGGCUCUGCUGAGAAGGUUAAGAUCACAAAGAAGAUGAAGAAGCUGUUUCAAAAGAGGGCACGAGACUACAAUUCAGAUGAUGAUGACAAUGAUGAGGUUGAAGCGACAAACCCUAAUGUGAUCGGUGGAAAUAAGUUUUCUGAUGAUGAGAUGGAGGAGGAAACUGGGGAUUCUUCAGGCGAUGAAGAGAAAGUGAACGGUAAAGACAAAGGCUCGGGCGAUGAAGAUUCCGAAGAUGGAGAAAAUGAGGAAAUUCAGCGUGGAAUCACCAGGUUAGCUGAAGGAUGCAAGGGAUUCAGAAUCGCGUUCAGGGCAAUCAUGAAGAAGGGCAAAGAAGAUGAUACAUUGGGCCCGAUUCUAUCAGCAAAGAAGCAUCUUGUUGCGAAGAAGCUGGCUGAAGAGGAGGCUGAAAGGAAAGUUAAGGGUCAGGCCAAAAGAGAAAAACAUUUGGUUGCAGAGAAAGGACAUGUUAAGCCAGCUAAUUAUCUGGAUUCGCAUGAAAAGUUUCUAAUCGGUGUUGCUACCAAAGGAGUGGUCAAACUAUUUAAUGCUGUAAACAAGGCUCAACAUGCUCAGAAGGGUCUGAAUCUUUCGAGGUCAAAAGACAUUAAAGUAAUAAGGAAGCGAAGAAAAGAAGCAUUCUUCUCAGAGUUGGGGAAGCCAUCAAGAGCAGAGGUCGAGGCCAAGGCCAAGGCCAAAUCUCCUAAUUCCAUCGGUGAUGAAGCUCCUGCUUGGGCUCCUCUGCGCGAUAACUACAUGUUGGCUAACCCGAAGCUGAAGGAUUGGGAUAAAAAACAGGAUAUCCCGAGCUGAUGAGUUUGAUAGUAUUUCUGGAGACUAAGCAAACAUUGAGAGAGCUUCGACCAAUGGUAACUGGUUUUUGUCUGCCGGCAAAUAGGACCAAAUCUUAGGUUUCCCCAUUUUUACGACAUAGGCAUCAAUAGAUGAUGGAAAGCAUUCUUUUGAAGAGGAAAAUCACUGUCAUGCGUCCCAUAAUUGAUUUUCAUCCCACUGCCUGAGUGCAAACCCAGAGUCAUAUGAAUAUACAUACAAAUUGUAUAACAUAUACAAAGCAUUGUUUUCUUGUCCUAAGCAUCUGCUUAUGUCUAUAAGAGAGAACAAAAUUCAUCGAA